AUGGCAACAAAGGUGGUGAUGAUGAUGUUAAUCGCGGCCUCGUUUCUGAUGGGAUGCGCAGUAGCCACGGGGGUUCCUGCUCUCCAGCUUAUACAUCUGGGAGGCAAAGUCAUGUGCCACGACUGCACCAAAAGCUAUGCAGAAUGGACUCGAGGCACCCAUCCCAUUCAAGGCUGUGUCUUCCCACAUGCUACUUGCAACAUUCCCACCAACUUCGCCGGAGGACUUACCGGCGUCAAUCUUCCAAACCGGCCUACCGUUUUAUAUCGCGAUUUGGUUCAAUAUCAACUCGGUACUUUCUUCUACACUACUCAACGGUGUGCUAAGCCAGCUGCCGGCGACAACCAUGAUUCCACUGGUUGCCUUGCAAAAUAA